CGUUUUAGCGCUAUAAUUAGAAGACAUAUGACAAAAAAGAUGGCAGCGAUUGCCGACCGCUGUCCUUCGGAUAUAUUGCAAAAAUGGCGCAUUAUGUGAUAUUUUCACAAGAUUUUAUAAUUAUAAGUGAAAAUUUGUGCAGUGCUACAUUGUGAUGGUGUGUUGUUUUACAUGAAUGACAGUGUUAAACGUGUGUAAACAGGACUGCGACUCUCAUCUGGAUAUUGGAUUACACAUAAAAUCAAGUCACGAUGGUGGUGGGGGAGAGCAAGCGGUCCAACAUCAUGGACGGCAUCGAGAACACGGGCGACGUCCGGCUGCACGACCACCGGCUGCGGCUCAAACAGAGAUUCGACAUAGUCCGAAAGCUCGGACAGGGCACGUACGGCAAGGUGCAGCUGGGCAUCAACAAGAAGACGGGGCAGGAGGUCGCCAUCAAGACCAUCAAGAAGUGCAAGAUCGAGUCGGAGGCGGACCUGGUGCGCAUCCGGCGGGAGGUGCAGAUCAUGUCCUCCGUGCGGCAUCCCAACAUUGUACAUAUUUAUGAAGUAUUUGAAAAUAGUGAAAAGAUGAUCCUCGUGAUGGAGUACUGCUCCGGGGGAGAACUGUACGACUACCUCAGCCAAAAGAAAGUAUUACAAGAAGACGAAGCGAGAAGGUUAUUCCGUCAGAUCGCGACGGCCGUUUAUUAUUGCCAUAUACAUAAGAUAUGCCAUAGAGACUUGAAGCUGGAAAACGUGUUAUUGGACGACACGGGCAGCGCUAAGAUAGCCGACUUCGGUCUGUCAAAUGUGUUCAAAGAGACGUCAUUACUGUCGACGUUCUGCGGGUCGCCUCUGUACGCGUCGCCGGAAAUUGUUAAAGGGACGCCUUACAUCGGUCCUGAGGUGGACUGCUGGUCGCUGGGCGUGCUGCUCUACACCCUGGUGUACGGCGCCAUGCCGUUCGACGGCUCCAACUUCAAGCGGCUGGUGCGCCAGAUCAGCAACGGGGAUUACUACGAGCCCAAGAGUCCUUCCACCGCAUCGCCGCUGAUCCGGGACAUGCUGACGGUGGACCCUCUCAAGCGCGCGGACAUUGUGUAUAUUUGUGAUCACUCAUGGGUGAACACGGGGUGCGAGACGGGCUGCCUGGAGAUGGCGGAGAUGCUGGCGGCCGAGACGCCGGUGCGCCUCGACCUGCUGCUCUCCCUGGCGCCGCCGCCCAGCAACUCCGUCGUCGUGCCCAACGAGGGCGAACUGACAGCGUCCGAGAGCGGCGCAGAACUCACAACUUCAGCCUCGAUGGCCAUGGUGGAGCCCAGCAGCUCCGCCGAGAAGAGAAUUCUUGACCUCGUGGCCGAGGGUGGUGAGGACGCGAUCAAGCCGUCGCCGACGCGCACCAUCGUGGCCGACAACAAGCGCAAGCUCGAGCUGGCCGCGUCGGCCGCCGCCGUCGGCAGGAAGAAGGAACGGGUUCACAGUGCGGCGAGCCUCGCGGGCGCCGCCUCGGAGCCGGUGCCGGAGCCCGGCACGCCAGAGGCGGUCCAACCCACCUUAAUAUCAUCCGCCACCAUGACGAUAUCCCCCGCACCCUUGCCCGUGCAGCUCGCCAAGGACGCCACGCGGGAGAUCAUUAAGCCCGCGCCGGCCCCGCCCGCCGCCGCCGCCGUCGCCAAGCAGGCCCCCAAGAAAUACAAGUGUUGCUCGCACGAGCACGAGGAGGACUCCCCCGCGUCCCCCGCGGCCCCUGCGUCACCUAAGGAGGAGGUGUCGGCGGCGGCCGCGCAGCUCACGGGGCUGGCCAUCGCGCAGCCGCAGCCGCUGCCGCAGCCGCCCCAGCAGCCGCUCCAGCAGGCACCCCAGCAGCCGAAACCUAAGAAAUUCUCUAUACCCGGCGGCAAUGUCGGGAGCUUCAAGGAGCAGUUCGAGAGGCGCGCGUCGCUCACGGCGGCGGCGGAGCCCAAGCGAGCCGUCUCCAAACCUGUGUCGAAGAUCGCCAAGCCGAAGGCGCAGAGCGAGGACCGCGAGCUUCAGAAGAGCCCGGACAGCGGCUCCGUUAGACUGCAGCAGAUCGGGAUUGAGCCUUCCCCGGCGGCGGUGUGCGAGCUGCCCGUGCUGGGGCAGCAGCACCGCGGCGGCGUGCAGAAGACGGAGAGCGAGCCCAACCACGGCACGCCCGUCGACGCCGCCGUGCUGCUGCAGGACGCCAGGAGGAGUCUCCAGAACUCCAUGGCCAAGCUGGAGGAGGCCAAGGUGGGCGAGGAGAGCCGCCGCCGCGCCGCCCGGGACAUCAUCACCACCGCCAUACGGACAGCCCCGUUGCAUCAUCUUUCUCCAGAUUCUUUAGACGGCAAGCCGCCAGUGCCGUACGGGCGCUCGUCGUCGGCGGGCGUGGCGGCGCUCAGCGGGCUGGCGUCGCCCGCCUCGCCCGGCACGCCCGGCACGCCGAGCACGCCCGGCACGCCCGGCUCGCGCGUGUUCCGCACCGAGGCGCAGCACCGCGUCGAGGACCACCGCCCGAGGGGCGUGUCGGUGGAGCGCAUCAUCCCCAUCGCCGUGGCCGAGGAGGCUUCGCCUGCUCCCGCCGCCGCGCCUGCGCCCGCCGUCAGCCGGCAAACUAGUCACCAACCGUUAAGACGAUUAACGUCAAACGAAUCGACGGGCAGCGCGGCCGAGUCCGUCUCGAGCGGCGGCGAACCGAUCAAGAAGAGCGCGAGGGAGUUCAUCAUACCUAUAGCAGUGGAGGGCAAGGGAUACGUCACACCGAGGCAACGCAGCACCGAGCCGGAGAUGACGCGCAAGCCGCGCAAGCCGAGACGCAUCAGCAGCCUCGUAAGCGGCGGCGAAUCCGAAGAAGAAGACGACAACCACAUGCAUCGCUUGAGGUCGACGCGCGCGGCGCGGGCCGAGUCGGUGAGCUCGGGCGAGGAGGACGAGGAGGACGAGGGCUUCCAUCUCCUCACGGCGGAGAACCUCUUCUCCACAUUGCUUCACAGGGUGCGCGCGCUGACCACCCGGCUGAACGGCGAGGAGGGCCCCGGCCUGCAGCGCCCGCACUCGCUCUUCAACAACCUCGCACACGACAACUUCUUCAACAGCCCUCACUUACCCAGGAGAAACUUGCUCACUCAUAGAUAUGUGGAAAGUAAACGAAGUGUGUCGGAAACACGCGAGGGGUGGGGCUCGCGCGACCUGCACGCGGACUUCGAGUCGAUGUUCAACAAGCCGCGCCAGCCGCCGCGAGGUAAUAGUAAGAAAACGGGUAAACACGGAAGCGAGAAUAGCAAAGACGAGGCGCUGGACCUGUCGGACCUGGACCUGAGCGGCAUGCGGCUGAGCGGGCGCGAGCUGCGCGCGCUGUCCGGCCUCACGCCCGCGCUGUCCCGCCGCCUGCAGCGCCAGCUGCUCGCCCAGCUGCCUCCCGCCGCCGCGCAGCAGCUGCGCCGCACGCUCUCGCUCACCGCACCCUCCACCUCCGCCACCGCCGCCACGCCGCCCGCCCGCAGCUCCUCCGCCAUCAGCGACGCGGCCGCUGUCGCCUCCUCCACGCUGCCGCGGCUGCGGCGGCCCGAGCCCGAGCCGGAGCAAGCACCGACCCCGCCGACACCGGAGCACACCCCCCAGCCGCCGCGCGAGUCUAGCGCACGGGCCACCCCAGAUCGGCCGCUGCUCAGUAAAUAUUUAACUCCGGAGCGCGCUCCCUCGCUGGACGAGUCGUCGGACGGCGGCUCCGUGCUGUCGGAGCCGGUGGCGCGCCGGCACUCGCUGCGGCUGACGCCCGACCGCCCCCGGAAACGAGUCUCGCGCUUCCUCCGCCCCGACUUCUUCGACUCGCCGCCCGACGAGAGCGUGUACGCGCGGCAGAAGCGCGAGAAAGAAAUGGAGACGCAAAAGAUACUAAGAGAAAUUCGAGAGAAAAAGAGUAGGGCGUUAGAGUCGGGCGUGAGGAGCCCGGAGUACGGUACCGUGUCGCCCUCGUUCCGCGAGGAACCCGUGCUGGCGCGCAAGUGCGUCUCCCCCGGCAUCCUGCUGGGCAAGGAGCGCAGCCGCUCCAACACCCCGUUCCUCCCCAUACUGGACAACAUCAAAGAGGCCGCCCUAGACGCCCACAAGCUUCCGGAGCUCGCGCCCGAAACCGACAGAAAGACUUACAUUGAUAGUAUUUUAGAUAACAAAUUGACUAGGCCGAGAAGUUUCCCUGUAAAAAAGUUAGAGCCGUUCGAUGAUCAAAGUCGUACCGCGCCGACGAUGACGGAUGCGAAAGACAAAGAGGAAAGCAAGGAGAAAACUCUGCCGCGGGAAUCUAAACUUAUACGUCCGAAGAGCUACCCCACUAGUAGUCCGUCGCCUGAAAAACUGUACAUCAAUCGCGCCGCCAAAAACGACGAAACCGUCAACAGUACUAGUAAUCCGGUGAAGGACGAAAUGCCUCCGCCGCCUCUCAAUAGUAAAAACGAUGUCGAAGUCAGUUUCAGUAUUAGUUUACCCAGGAAACCGAAACCUGCUGCACCUGUAAAGACGGAAAACUCUAACGAACCGACCCCGCAAAAAGAACAGACGCCUGACUCCAAAGAUAGUCCGAGCACAAACCUAGUUCUGAAAAAGUUCGUAGUAGUGAAUAACGAAAGUUCUAGUGAAAAAACGGAUGGUAAAAAUCUUAAAAUUGAAAAUGGUAUAGCGAAUGGGAAUUUGAACGGCAGUGCCGUUAAAGUCGAGCCAAAAACUGACGCGAAACCGAAAGUAGUCAACAGCGCAUCUAAAAAAGAAAUCACGCAAAAAUCUCCCGAAACCGAAGGAAGCGAAAAGAAAGGAACUAUCAAGAAGAAAAUAAUUAAGAAAGUUUCGUCCAAAUCAAAGACUGACGUGGGGAGCGCGGACUCGAAAGAUAAACCCGCCGCGGAAAAGAAGAAAGUCACAAAGAAAGUGAAAGAAAAGGAUCCCGAAAACGGCGCCAAACCGACCGUCACAAAAAAGAAAUCGGUUUUGCAGUCGAUAGGGCACAAGUUGGAAAAGUUUACGUCGUCCAAGUCGAACUCCCCCGAGAAGGUGUGCGAGAACAAAACUAUUAGCGAGGCUAAGAAAGAUACGGCGAAAGUGAGCCGCACGCAGCGGGAGCACUCGGUGCCGGUGAGCACGGAGCCGCCCACCGAGGCCGGCCUCAUCCAGCGCGCCGUCACGCUCGCCGACGUGGCCGCGCUCGACCCGCCGCCCGCCAACAAGACCACCGUCUCCAAGGUCCUGGGCCUCUUCAAAAAGUUCGAACCCAAAGAGAAAGUAGUAAAGCCGCUAGAAAAAACUACAAACGAUACAGAGCCGACCAAAGAAGUGAUUCCCGAGAGUGAACCGGUAGAGGAAUCUACCGACGAUAAACCCAAACGACCCACGUCGUUGCUUCUCAACGGUCUGGGUCGAAAAAAGUACGGGAAAACCGGCAGCGACGGCGUCUCCGUAACGAACGAGAACAACGAACAGACAGUACUUAAGAAAGAUGCCGAAUCUAAAAAUAAAAAUAGUUUAAAACUGGAUUUCUCCAGGUUGCCAAGAGUUAAGAAAAUAGUUCCUACCGACCCUGUGAUAGAACCGCAAAUUGUGUGCAUUUCCCCCGAAGGUAAAGAGACUGAGAAGGAGGUAGAGAGUAACGGGACGGGCGAGCGCGAGGACGAGGCGAGCAGCCGCGGCCGGUCGCGCAGCCGCUCCACCCUCUCCAACUCGGAGCUCAGGUCCGAGCGCAGCGAGCCGCGCGCGGAGCCCGCGCACCCGCUGCGCAACCACGAGCCCACCACGCCCGAGCGGGAGGACAUUGUCGACAGAAUACGAAGGAAGAGUUUCUACUCGAGGUUCAACGAAAAGAAACAACGAAGGAAAAGUAAUCUAGUCGGUCCGGGCGCCACCGAGUACGACCCUAUCGCCGUGCUGCACGGCACCUCCCACGAGCGCUCCGACCCGGGCUCGCCCGGCAGUCUAGACCUGUCCCCGGGCUACUCCGCCGCCUCCGACCUCUCGCCCUCCGCCGAGCGAUACCGAUCUCUCUUGACUGAUACGCCCGUUAGCACUAGGAAUAACUUAAGAUUUGAUAAUUACGGCCUGAACGAUAAGAUAGACACGUAUCGAUCUCUCGAUAGAAACGAAUUCCGGAAGUAUCCGACGCGAAGUUACCUAGAUUAUGAGCAGCCUUCGUACGGCACGCUGGGGCACCGCUACUCGCGCACCAAGUCGCUGCUGGACGGCGAGGAGUCCGCGCUGGGCCGAGAGCCGGCGCGCUACAGCCGCACGCUGUCCAUGUACUCGCCCGGCAACUACGCCACCUACCGCCCCAAGACCACCAGGAACUCCGCCAUCAUCCUCAAGGAGAGCGAGAAGGAACCCAGUCCAGAAAACAUUCUAGAAAGAAUUAGACAAAGGAAAAAAUAUUCGAUUAGCCUCACUCGCCAACCGGACCCCGAAAAGGAAACCUCCCCAAGAUCCGCUGUCCCACCUCAAGGCGAAGGCGACCGUGCAGAACGCGCUGAGGAAGCUCACUGAACGGAACUACUAGCGGCUGCGGCGCGGCGCGGCGCGGCGGUACUCAAGCAUUUGUUAACUAUUCACUCCUCGGAUGUAGUCUCUUCCACCAAUCUUAUACGGAAGCUCUGGAUGCUCCUUUUCAUUUCUGUUAAAUUAUUUACAAUAUGUCGAGGUACCUUUGUAUUUGAGACUGUUAAGAUUCUUGCCAAUUAUCACACUAUGAAGGAUUUGCACAAGUAUAAUUUAGAAUCUCAGGUGACCGAUGUCUGUAGCGAGACUUGAAUCGCAAGGGGCUAGUAUAUUAGUUAGCUGUAUGUCCUAAGUGUGAAUAAACAAAUAUAGAACUUGAAUUGUAAUAUUAGGUACCAAUUUUUUUGGAUAUCAGAUAGAUGCUACGUAUUUCAGGAUUUGCUAUACAAGCUUCCAGACUGUGAAUAAACGACGUAAUGUUUUGCCAACAUAGACUUUGUUGAUAUUUAUUGUAAAUCGAUUCUUAUGUGCCUUUGUACUAUAACAAAAUGACUGGAUUUGAUAUAGUCAGUUUUAUUCAAAGAGAUUUAAAUGACACGACUUUAGUGUGUGUUUGCACAAAAUAUGUUUAUUCAAUAUUAUUAAUUAUGUAUACCUAUUAAUUUUAAUUAAAUACAUCCAUUUACAUUUUACAGACCCUAAGUCAAUUUAAGUUUAAAUGUUAUAAAAUAGUAAUAAAUAUUUGAUUGCUAAGUCACGCCCUUAAAGUAUAAUCGAAUAGAAUGGUGCUUAGUUGAGGUUUUGUUAGAAAUAACUUGUAUUAUAGAAGUUUUAUGAGAUCACUUACACCAGCCGUAUUUUAGCGUAAGUUUUACGUUUUCAGUUUAAUAGACAGUUAGGUAGAGUUAGACCAAGCCUAGUUGGCAGCCAUUUUGAUAGCACAGUCUGCGAAAAUGUUAAUUAUACGUCAUAAUUUCAUAUAAGUUUGACGUUUAAAAUAACACUAGCACAGUCUGGGCUAAUCAGAAUCGCUGCCGACUUAGCUUGGUCUAACUAGAACAAGUUGUGGCGCCAGUGUGUUGUGCCGCGACGGCACGUGUUUUAAGCAAUCAUUUUAGACGAUCCAUUUUCAUAUUUUUUACUUUCUCGAUCCUAUUUAUUAAUUUUCAUAGUAUUGAUGAAUUUAUUUAUUGGUGUGUGGUGAUUUUUAAUAUUUUCCUGUUACUCAUAGUCGCCGUAUUGGUGAAACAGAAACUGUGAUUAUUAAGAUAAAUAUUAAAAUUACUGUCACACUCGUUUUGUAUUGAAUGUGAAUAAAUUAUAUAGUUGAAAAA